AUGGGUACACACCCGAAAUCAUCCGACAGGCCUGUAACGGCCCCGUUAGCUGAUUUGGCAAACCGAGGAGCUCAACUGAGCGAAGUUUUGAAUAAAUUCAAUGAGCUGAAUAUGGAAAUGACCACACAACGGCGCGUGAUCGACCAGUUGGUUGCUGGUAGUGGUAGCGGUGGUCAACCUGAGCCUUUACCAACUAACCAACCUGAACCGCAACCAAUACUUUUACCCUAUACUCAAACCCCCUUUACCCCGCAUUUUACAAAUCCGCAUGAAGAAACUUUUAUCUAUCCCACUCAUGGCCUACCCCAUACCCAGGCACCCGCUAUCCAAACCAAUCCUCCUCACCCCCAAAUUCCCCAAAAUUAUCCACACAUUAGUCCGAAUAUGCCACUCGAACCUCAGGGACCACAUUAUUACUCCAUCGUUGAGCCAUUUAACAUGGAUACCGCCACCCAAGGGAAAGCAGAAGCUGGGGAGUCGUCCGCGUCGAUAGAUAAGAAUUUGCUAAAGCGAUUGGAUCGGCUUGAGGAGUUCAUAAGGAAAAGCCAAGGUUUGAACAAACAAGGAGGUCUGGACUACAACGAGCUGUGCCUAUUUCCGGAUAUGCAAUUGCCCAUGUGUUUCAAAACGCCCAAGUUUAGCAAGUAUGACGGAACGGGCAACCCCAAGACGCAUCUCCGAAUGUUCGCCAACAAGUUGGGCAAGCCAAUAGAUGACGAGAAUCUACCAGUUCAUUUGUUUCCUGAAAGCUUAGAAGGCGAUGCACUGGACUGGUAUUCCAAUUUGAAGCCCGAGGAUAUGAGGACAUGGAUGGACUUAUCAACCGCUUUUGUAAGGCAAUACGAAUACAAUUGCGAGCUGGCUCCAACGAGGACCACAUUGGAGGGAACCAAGAGGAAACCAUCCGAGGACCACAAGACAUAUGCGAAGAGAUGGAGAAAAUUGGCCGCCAAGGUGGAGCCUCCCAUGACUGAAGAUGAGAUUGUUCGUACGUUCAUCAACACUCAUGACCCGCCCUAUUUUGAGCAGAUUUUUCGCAUGAUCGGGUGUUCAUUUGCAGCAAUUAUCAAUAAGUUGGAGGAAUAUGACGAAUACGUCAAAGCAGGGAAAAUUGUCAAUGUAUCAGCUUUAAAAUCACAGUUGGACGCCUUGCAAGGUCAGAGUAAUAAUGGAAGGGAGCCUCAACGUAAGAAGAAAGAGGAGGAAAAUACUUUUGUGUGGGGCCAAUGA